UCACAAGAAAGAGAUGCUCAAGAAAGAGAUGCCACGGAUACAAAUGCUCCACCUGAUACUGAAGCAAAAGAAGUUGCACGAGGCAUCACCAUUAUGAAGGGAAUCAUUCGACAUAGAGACCAAGGAUUAGUAUACCAUUUGGAUUGGAAUUCUGAUAAACAAGCAAUUGGUCCUAAUUCUGCAAAGUUGACAAGCUAUAUUGGUACACUUGUUCGUAUGCAUAUUCCGGUCUCCAUAGCUAAAUGGAAUCUGAAAAGCGAAGAGUUGGAUGCAAAAAAAAAAAAAGCGAUUUGGGACGAGCUUCAGAGGACUUUUGAGAUACCAGAUGAUCGUAGACGCUACAUACUUAGUUUGGCCGGCAAAAGAUAUAGAGGGUGGAAAGCUUUUUUGACAAACACCUAUCUUAAGGAUAAAGAUGGAAACUUUCUUGAAGAGGCACCGGGACGGCCAAAAAAGUAUGAGAUCUUCAUUGAUGAAAAAGAUUGGGCUGAGUUUGUAAAGCAAAGAGAUGAAGAUUUUCGGAAAAGGAGUGCCACGAAUAGUGCGAGAGCAUCCAAACCCGCGUAUCCAUACAAAAAAGGGCGUUUGGGAUAUGCACGCUUAGAGGAUAAAAUUGUAAGUAAAUAG